AUGAGUUCAACCCAACUCUCUUUGACAUCUGUCCCCACCCCUUUUCUUCAUCGAUCCUAUCUUCUUCUCAACCCUUUGCUCUCUCAUUUCUCUCGCUUUCUUCCGAAGCUUCCUAUCAUGGCUGACCGUCCUACGACUCCUCAGCGACCUUCAAGAUCCUUGGCUACAAUCGAUGGCUCUGCCUUUCUACGUAAACUCCAAGCUUAUGCUCCCAACUCAUCCCAACUCGUUGGUUUCUUGACUCUCCUCAUAUCUGGCUCAAUUCUUCUCCUCCUUUCAGGUAUCACUGUCACAGUUGCUGUUCUUGGUCUUAUUUUUCUAACUCCUUUGAUUAUCGUUUCAAGCCCAAUUUGGCUCCCCGUCGGAAUCGUUCUCUUUCUUACGGUUGCUGGGUUUUUGUCGAUUUGCGGGGUCGGAGUGGCGGUUGUGGGUGGAUUGUCGUGGUUGUAUAGGUAUUAUAGAGGGAUGAAUCCACCCGGUUCCGAUCGGUUCGAUUAUGCUCGAAGCCGGAUCUUUGAUACGGCGAGCCAUGUGAAGGAUUAUGCUAGAGAGUAUGGUGGAUACCUGCAGAGCAAGGUGAAGGAUGCGGCUCCAGGAGCAUGAUGAUGGGUCGGGUCGGGUCGGGUCUAUAGUGGGUUUGUGUGUGUCUUCAAAAAUGGGGUUGUUUGGACGUUUGCUUAUUAAUUAAUCAAAUUUGUUGUGUUUUUUAUUUGUAAAUAAUCAUGUAUGCUUUAUGGAUAUUCUUUGAUGACGUUUCGUCGUUAUUGGAUUUGAGAAUGUGAUUAAUUUUACCCGAA